UGUGGCGCUCCCCAUAUUUAAUGGCAUCAUCACUUCCUCACGCCUCCAACGUCUUCUUGCAUUCCAUCCUUUCUUCUCUUCUUCUUCUUCUUCUUCUUCUUCACAUCGUCGUCGUCAUCAUCCAUGGCGUGUGUAAUGUGAAAUCAGCGAGCUCGAUAUAUACUCCAUUAAGCUAAGCUGGUUGAUCUCUCGUGUGUUCCAAAUUAAUCCGCGUGGUUAAUUAGCUCUAGCUAGAGAUCGGUAGCUCUCGACUAGUUGGACAUGGCCGCCACGGGCGUGCUCGUCGUCGUUGUGGCGCUCGUGUUCGCCGUGACGGUGGCUGGCGGCGGCGGCGCCGGAGUAGGAGGUGAUGGCGGGUUCAUCACGUGGGAGGACCUGAGCAUGCCGGCCGGGGCGGCGCGGAGCAGCACGUGGGACGACACGGCCGGCGGUGGCGGCGGCAAGAGGAGCGGCGGCGGCGGCGGCGGCGAGCAGCGGACGACGAUCGUGGUGUCGCCGGACGGGACGGGGCACUCGCGCACCGUGCAGGGCGCCGUCGACAUGGUCCCCGCCGGCAACACGAGGAGGGUCAAGAUCGUCGUCAGGCCGGGCGUCUACAGGGAGAAGGUGACGGUGCCGAUCACGAAGCCGUUCGUGUCGCUGAUCGGCAUGGGCACCGGCCACACGGUGAUCACGUGGCACUCGCGCGCGUCCGACGUCGGCGCGUCGGGCCACCAGGUGGGCACCUUCUACUCCGCCUCCGUCGCCGUCGAGGCCGACUACUUCUGCGCCAGCCACAUCACCUUCGAGAACUCGGCGGCGGCGGCGGCGCCGGGGGCGGUGGGGCAGCAGGCGGUGGCGCUGAGGCUGUCCGGCGACAAGACGGUGCUGUACAAGUGCAGGAUACUGGGGACGCAGGACACGCUGUUCGACAACAUCGGGAGGCACUACCUCUACAACUGCGACAUCCAGGGCUCCAUCGAUUUCAUCUUUGGCAACGCAAGGUCCUUGUACCAGGGUUGCACGCUGCACGCCGUGGCGACGAGCUACGGCGCGAUCGCGGCGUCGCAGCGGAGCUCGCCGUCGGAGGAGUCCGGGUUCAGCUUCGUCGGCUGCCGGCUCACCGGCUCCGGCAUGCUCUACCUGGGAAGAGCAUGGGGCAAGUACUCCAGAGUGGUGUACUCCUACUGUGACCUCAGUGGCAUCAUCGUCCCCCAGGGAUGGAGCGACUGGGGUGAUCAAUCAAGAACAAAGUGAUCAACUUUCCUGCCAUUUAAUCACACACUCAAUUUGCUGCUCUUGAUUAAAAUUACAGUUACAAUUAUAAUUGCAGCUACUCUGUCAGGUUCACAUGGCAUAUUAAUAUUAUUGAUCGAAGAGAUUAUAUUUUAGCUGAAUUUUACUAGUUACCAACUUACCAUCCUCGAUGAUCAAAUGGCAUAGGAAGUGGUUGGGAGUUGCAUUGCAGGCUCACCAAACAGUCUUGAUAGGGGAAUUCAGUUACCACAUGUGACAAGGCUGUUACCAAAUGAGUUCCUUUUCUUUUCUGAAAUCCUAGAGACGAUACUGCCAUAUCAUAUCCGUCAGAAAAUGACAGAGAAUGUGUCUGAAUCUUCUGACAGGACGGUGCUGUUCGGGGAGUACAACUGCAAAGGGCCAGGGGCGAGCACGAAGCAGAGGGUGCCGUGGUCGCGGACGCUCACCUACGACGAGGCGCGGCCGUUCAUCGGCCGGAGCUUCAUCAACGGCGAGCAGUGGCUCCGGCUGUAGAUCAUCGCCGAUUCUUCACAAGUUCAGAAAGUUCAGACUGCUGCUGGUUCCUUCUCCACUGCAGUCUGCAGAUAGAACAUGUACCUAGUAGAUAUAAUAGCUGACAUGUAACGAUGUACCAUGUAACAAACUUUGACAUACAUCCAUAUGUAGUGAGAUGAGCAGCCCCAUCAUUUCACUUAUCUUUAUGCUUA